AUGCCGAACGUUUAUGAGAUCAGGAUCCGGGCUACAGGUGACAUGGCAACCGUGCUUGAAUAUCAGCCAUCCUCUUCUCAUGCUUUCCGGGUGAGGCUCCCAAGUGGCCGUGCGGAGUGGCUGAAACAGAUAGAUGUCGACAUGUUCGAACCUGUCCCUCCGGGGUAUAAAUAUGACGAUAGGGCGGUACAGGAGGAAGCACCGGCGCAGACAGGAUUGCAGGAGCCCUUGCUGACAGGUGGACGGAACCGCGGGGGGUCUGCGGCUUGUGCUUACCUACAGGUCGUAAUCGGUGUGAUUUUGACCAUAGGAACCGUUUUGUUGGCGAUCGAUCGGAACUCGCACUGUGACCCUGAAGAUCUGCAGGGUGUGGAGCCACCCUACGAUGGGAAUCUGUUGCCUUUUCAGUUCAUCCUCUCAGAGCGCAAGCAGUACAUUCAGCUCUCCAAGAUGAUAGAUGUAUACGAUGAGAAUUGGGUCAGGAUAGGCUACUUCUAUGAUCUCAACUUGUUCCUCUUUAUGCGCUUCGGGUAUUCGGACACAUCCGGCCGGAUCUGGUUUGAAGCCCGACGCCCCAGUCUGCUUACCCGCAUCUUUCAACUGGGGAAGCAGUACUACCUUCAGCGGUGUGAUGUCGGUGCCCGCGGCCGACAUGGUGGGGUCUUCCAUCUGAAAGAGGACUUCAUGCAAGAGCCGUGGUUCUGUUUUCAAAACUGCUUGUCGAUCUACAACAUCACUCGCCGCUCUGCCAAUCGUGAACAUGCCGAAGGAGGAGACGUGCAGCCUAUAGCGAACGCUGUGUUCAAUUCCACGUUAGAGUGGUACCACAGAGGGAUGAUAACACCCAGCGCGAGGCAUCGGUGGUACAUGAACCUGACCGAUGCAAGGGACGGGUCUGUCGUGGUCCUGGCCAAGCAGCGCUUUCGUCCCUGGCGCCGGAUGUUCAUGCAGGUGCUCCUGUCAAACUGGACGGUGGACAUCUCGGAGGAUCUGCCACUGCUGCCGAACUGGGUUGUCGGUUUCAUGGCAGCGCUGGAUGAUGUGGAUCGGGCAGAUGAUUAG